GCCGGCGGCAGGCGCCGGCGAGGCCCGCGGGGAGAGGAGGCGCAGUCCUGCCGGUGGGACGCGCGGCCGGGCCCCAGCCCGCGCUCAACCGGCGCAAUGCUCUUCUCGCUCCGAGAGCUAGUGCAGUGGCUGGGCUUCGCCACCUUCGAGAUCUUCGUGCACCUGCUGGCCCUGUUGGUGUUCUCUGUGCUGCUGGCUCUGCGUGUGGACGGCCUGGCCCCCGGCCUCUCCUGGUGGAACGUGUUCGUGCCCUUUUUCGCCGCUGAUGGGCUCAGCACCUACUUCACCACCAUCGUGUCCGUGCGCCUUUUCCAGGACGGAGAGAAGAGGUUGGCGGUGCUCCGCCUCUUCUGGGUCCUCACUGUUCUUAGCCUCAAGUUUGUCUUCGAGAUGUUGUUGUGCCAGAAGCUGGUGGAGCAGACUCGGGAGCUCUGGUUCGGCUUGAUCACUUCUCCAGUCUUCAUUCUCCUGCAACUGCUCAUGAUCCGCGCCUGUCGGGUCAACUAGCCUCGGGCGGGAGAGAACUCUGGACAGCUAGGAUGCUGGACCCUACGCUGAGCUCCUACUUGCACUGCGCCAAAGGAGAGGCCUGGGUCUGGAGGAAAGCCAGCUCCUGCCCUGGCGAGUGCCCAAUUUUCUCUAUAGCAGUCAUGUCUGAAAUUGUUCUCUUAGCAGGGCUAGAAAGAGCAGCCUUGACCCUUAAAGUGUAUUUUCUGUUAUUUCAUGCUUUGGAUAGCUAACUAACCCUGAACUGAUAUCCUGAGAAGGACCCCAGACCAUUCCUCUGACAGUAAAAUGUCCUGAUGGGCUCUGGGUAUAUUCAUGGAUCCUGGAAAAGUACUCCUUGUGCAAAGGCUGCAAAGCUGGUCUUGUGGAUUUCCUCUGCCCAGCAGCACUAACCUAAGAGCUCACUGCCGCAUCCAUUCAGACAAGACUUAGAUGCUUGAGCUCUAAAAAGUGUAAAUCAGCUUAUGUCUUCUCUCCUGAGCCACUGGGGAGGAUGGCCUCUUCUUCAUUCCAGCCCAGGAAGAUAGGAGUGUGUUGAAAAAGCAUGACUGGGACCCUAUUUGGAGAUCUGUCGCCUGAGAAAACUUUGCUUAUGGAGCCCUGCUUGGCUUCCUCUCCCUGCCGACUGCAUCGCCCACAGCCUUUCCACCGCCCCCUUGUGGCCGGCACUGUUCGCACACCUGAGGCCGAUUGAGGCCUCUCCAAGGGACAGAGAGGAGCAGCUUUGAUGAUGCUCUUCGGCAUCGAGACUUUCGAGCGGUCUUGGUCCACAUUUGUUGGCCUGAGGUCUUUAGCUUAAGGUGCCAAAUGAGAACGUUUGUUGAGAUAAAAAUAAAAUAAGAGAAUGUUUUGCUGAGA